AUGAGUGUAAUUUGUAUUCAGGUUGGAGGUGCUGGAAAUAGAAUUGGAUUAAGUGCUUGGGAACAAUUAUUAAGAGAGCAUGAGCAUUGUAUUUUUCCUGAUAAGUUUACAGAGGAAGAGAAGAGGCGUCGAUUUAAUUCGGAUUAUCAAAAUGAUCAAGAUAAGGAUGAGAAAUAUUUAAAUGUAUUUAGAGAGAAGGAGGAUGGAAAAUUUGUUCCUAGAACAUUGUUUAUUGAUUUGGAAAGACCUAUUUUGACAAUAUCAGAACUAUCGGAUUCAACUGGAGAGAAUUUAUUGAAAUUAAUUCAAGACCAUGAAAGUGAAUGCUCGGAAAGUAAUUCAUUGUUUGUGAGUGAAACUUCCUCUGUAUUGGAUUCUUCCUCUUAUACUUAUGCAAAUGGAAGACACUCUUCUCGUUCAAAGAAAUUAUUGGAGAUUGCAAUGGAAAGGAUUAGGUCCCUAGUGGAAAAGUGUGAAUCUCCAUUUUCCUUCAUGAUAGUUAGCUCAAUUGGGGGUGGAUUAGGAUCUGGUUUUGUGAGCUUGUUAAUGGAUAGUAUCUAUACAUCUUAUUCAAAGACAUACAAAUGUGCUAUUUCUAUUUCCCCAGACUUCGAAAACGCAGGAGAUAAUGGUCCAAUUGAGGCUUUGAAUUCAUUUCUCUACAUGGGAAAUUCAACUAAUGGUUGGGAUGCAAAAAUAUUUAUGGAAAACAAAGCUAUUGAGAACUUGUGCAAGAAAGAAUUUCAUUAUUCAUCAAUGGAUAGUGUGAAUGAGCUCAUUUCCUUGGUUAUUUCAAAUGUUACAGCCUGUAAUAGAUUUGAAGGACCCCUUUCUACGGAUUUACAAAAUCUUACACACAAUUUUCCGUAUCCAGUUAUGAACAUUCUGUAUCCGUCAUUUGGGCCAAUUCAUUCCUCAAUGAAAACUGUUCCACAUGGCUAUGGAACAGAAAUGUUCACAUAUGAUUGCUUGGCCAGUCCCUUUAUUGAAUCUUCUGAAGGUUAUACCAUGUGCAGUUCACUACUGUACAGAGGUUAUGUAGAACCGCGAACAAUUAAUACGGUAGUAAGAAAAUUGAAAGACGAAAGGGCACUUAAAUUUUGUAGUUGGAAUCCGAGUGGUCUUAAAGUUGGGGCUGUGUUUCAUAGACCUCUCUACUCUUGUAAUUCAAAUUUACUCAAUAUGCACAUUACAGCAUUCAUGUUAUCCAAUUCAACUAGACUAAAAUCAUCCCUCGAACGCAUCAAACAUGGAGCCAAUGAAAUAUUAACAAUGAAAUCAUUGUUACAUCAUUUUCAUUCUGAGGGUAUGGAACUUGAUGAGAUAACAGAAUUGACAGAAAAUUUCGAAAGUCUUGUUGAGGGCUACCAAGAACUUAAUGCUGAAGAAGAAUUGGGACCUGAUGAGGAAUAG